CGUACUGGCUUGUACACCGAGAGCAGCGCAACACCACAUUAAAUCAUAUUCGACAAUCGCGUUCUAAUAAAGUGCCUCUCUCUCAGUAUUUUGUAUCGUUCUGUCGUUUGUUUUAAAAAAAACAUUAUUCUAUUUAUUCGUUUAAUAUAUAUAUUUAUUGUUUUUCGCGAUAAACAAACAAAAUCAAAAAGAAAAAAAUUGUGAUUGAAGUAAGAGUCGCAACGAAAAAAAAAGACUCUGGUUACAAAAAAAAGGGUAGACAAUCAUCGUCGACAGAACAUAGAUCGCGGUGUUGAAAUUGAGUAAAAAAAAACAUUUUGAUAAAUUUUUCGGAAACUGAAGUUUCUCGGAAUUGGUGUGAGAUAAAAUAAAAAGCAGCAAAAAUGAGUAGCAAACAGGAGGACACGACGAGUGAAAUUCCAUCAACAUUGUACGAUAAAAAGGCCAACGUAACAUAUAAGCGGCUGGGAUUCUUUGGCAAGGGUGGUUUUGCAAAAUGCUACGAAAUCCAGGAUGUAAAAACAAAGCACACAUACGCCGGUAAAAUUGUGUCGAAAAAAUUGAUGAUGAAACACAAUCAAAAGGAUAAAAUGACGCAAGAAAUAAAAAUUCAUCAAUCGUUGCAUCAUGCGAAUAUUGUGCGAUUUUUGAGUUUUUUCGAUGAUACAAACAAUGUGUACAUUGUAUUGGAAUUGUGUAAGAAACGUUCAAUGAUGGAAUUACAUAAACGUCGUCCAACUGUCACCGAAUACGAAUGCCGUUUCUAUAUUCAUCAAAUUUUGGAAGGUGUUCGGUAUCUACAUGACAAUCGAAUAAUUCAUCGUGAUUUAAAAUUGGGCAAUUUAUUCCUCAAUGAUCAUCUGAAUGUGAAAAUUGGUGAUUUUGGUUUGGCAACACGCAUCGAAUACGAUGGCGAACGAAAGAAAACAUUAUGCGGCACACCGAAUUAUAUUGCACCAGAGAUUUUAAAUAAAAAAGGUCAUUCGUAUGAAGUGGACAUUUGGUCAAUUGGUUGUGUUAUGUUUACACUGUUGGUCGGUCAGCCACCAUUCGAAACGAAAACAUUGAAAGAUACAUACACAAAAAUUCGAAAAUGUGAAUAUCGUUUGCCACAAUAUAUGCAUAAAGUACCAGCCAAUUUGAUAAUGUUGAUGUUACAAUCGGAUCCGGCCAAACGUCCAUCGGUACAUGAAUGUGCCAAACAUGAAUUUAUCACAAACGGUUUCAUACCAAAAGCAUUGCCCGACUCAUGUUUGACCUGUGAACCGCGUCUCGAUCAAUUGGAAGGCGGACGAAAGGAACUUGAAUACUUGGCCAGCGAUCGAAGACCAUUGUCAGAGCUCAACAAUGAAUUUGAUGGUCAGACUACAUUCUUGCGGAAACAUCUCAACGAUCAUAUCACCGCACAAAGCUCGGCCAUCAAGAAUAAUCGAGACUAUAAGAAUGACGUCGACAAUUUGUACUUGCAGUUAACGCAGUUGUUGAACGAUAAGCCGGCACGUUUCAAUGAGAACUUGGGCGAUGAAAAUACAGAUCCAGCAGCAGCUCCAUUGUUCUGGGUAUCGAAAUGGGUUGAUUACACCGAUAAAUAUGGAUUCGGUUAUCAAUUGUGCGAUGAAGGAAUGGGAGUGAUGUUCAACGACACAACUAAAUUGAUCAUGUUGGCCAAUGGAAUUAACGUGCAUUACAUCGACCGAGAGGGUAGUGAACAGUACAUGACAGGUUCAACAUACCCCGUCGAAAUGGAGAAAAAGAUGAAAUUGUUGUCGUACUUCAAGCGUUACAUGACUGAGCAUUUAGUGAAGGCUGGUGGUAAUUCGGUGCGUGAUACUGGCGAUACAGUGUCUCGUAUACCACAUUUGCAUACAUGGUUCCGGACAACAUGUGCUGUUGUAAUGCACUUAACAAAUGGUUCAGUUCAGUUGAAUUUUUCGGAUCACAUUAAAAUCAUCUUGUGUCCCCGUAUGAGUGCUGUCACAUACAUCGACAAUAAAUUCCGAACAUAUAAAUUCUCGACGAUUUCAAAAUUGGGUUGUUCGCACGAGUUGUACAAUAAAUUGCGUUAUGCACACGAGAAACUCAAAAAAUUACUCGAAAAACUCAAGUGACGGCCACAUCAACUAUAUCCAUGUACAUUUAAGCACCAUUCAUGAUUUUUUUUUUAUUAAACUCAAACACAAAAAAUACACAAUACACUACAAUAACAACAACAAAAGUCCGAUAAAACUGUAACUGAUGAUCAACUCUUAUAUUAUUCUUAUAUCUGUAUUCAUAUUGUUCGCGUUCAUUUUGUCCACGUAAUUAGUUUUAUAAGUACAUCAAAAACCUAGAACAAAAAAAGUUUAACUAGAAAAAACACAUUAAAUUUAGUCGAUCUAUCUAGAAGUCUCGCUUCAUGAGUUAGACAUAAAAUAUGCUCAAGAAUAAAAAAAAAACACAAAUUUUAAAUUGUCAAAUCAAAUGCCAAUUCAUUUGCAUGAGAGGAAUAGUUGUGGGAGUUCGAUUUAGGAAAAAAAAAAUGAAAUAACAAAUAUAUAAAGCAAAAACGAGAGAAAACAAAACCAAAUGUCUAUCGUAAAUUUCUUCGGUUAAAUUAUACGUGUUUCGAUUUGAUGAAACCGUUUAUUUGCCCGGUGCCAAAUAAACAAGUUCGAUUUCAUUCGAAGCACGGUGUAAUCUUAAUUAGAAAUGUUCUCUUUUUAUUUAUGCUCAAUAGAAAAUGAGGCUUAUUCUUCUUUUGUUUUAAGAGAGCAAUAAAAUGUAUUAACGAAUUUGUCUAAAUUAUUUAGAUAAAAUAUGUCCGAUUGAGUGCUUCGUUUAGUAGUUGUGUUUUUUUUUAAAUGGAAUUAAUAUGGUUUUGAAUAAAGAAACAUAAUUUGAAUAAAGAACCAGCAUAUCUGGCCUCAAUGAUAAUAAUCAGUUCGCACACGUCAAUCCUUAUAGCAUUAAGAUGAUUAGGACGAUAAUGAAUUUGUAUCUCGAGAAAAACAACAUUAACAAUAAAAACGCAUCGAUAACAUUUAAUUAAA